AUGAAGCUCUGUCCAGUACCAAGGCCUACUUCUAACAAUAUUGUUAAACAACCAGACAAUCUCAUCAUAAAGGCUGUCUCUUCUAUUUCGGGAGACGCAGAGGCCAUCGAUGCUGGUUUCCGGCACUAUCUACUCCCGAUCGAACUGGCCAAAGGGGCUGCCCAAGCCCGUAAUUAUCUUGCAGCAACUCUUUCUCCUACCGACGUAAUUCUGGCGAGCUAUCCAAAGUCGGGUACCACCUGGAUCUCAGAACUUGUAUUCUUGCUCGUCACCCGACUAAACUGGUCGGCUGCGCUUCGAGAUAACUUGGAGGCGCGAGUGCCCUACCUGGAAUAUAUAUGGCCUGGACCUAAAGAAAUUGCAUGCAGGCCAUCGCCAAGACUCAUUAAAACCCAUUUGCCUUUUUAUGAGCUACCAGAAGAAGUUAGUAAAGUUCCUAAUAUUCUGUGCUUAUCUUACCUCCUGCUAUCUAAUCAGCGCACCAUUAGUAUAGCUAAAUCUAUCUAUCUAUCUAUAGGCUUAUUUAUUAGUUCUGAUGUCGACGUUUCGCUAGGCUCUUCUAAGCUUUUCUUGUAUACUCGAAAGUCGGCAUUUUGCUAA